GGCGAAGGUGGGGAGCUGCUCAGUACCUUCCUUUGGGGGGAACUACAUUUUAGUUUAUUGUUCAUCUUACAGGUUAGUGACUGUAUUAGGAACAGCUGCCGCAGAAUCCUUUGGGAACUCUCCAGAGUUUGUUCUAGUUGGAGCUGUCUUUGCUGGGUUCUGAGUGGGUGCUAUCUCUCCCUCCACACUGGUGCCCUGUUCAGCUUGUAAUGUGCCACCUGUGGAAUGCAAGGAAGGGACUAUCCCAUCCCUGCCCUUAAGGAGUUUCUAUUCUAUUUGUGAAGGAGAAGGGCUGUGAAUGCAGGGACAUUUAUAGCCUUCCAGGAGAGAUAAUGUAAGGGGCCCAGUGUUAUGAAUUGCCAAAUGAGGGGUGCAGACAUUAAUUGCCUAGGAGUUCAGACUGAGAGCCCAGGGGCACAAGGCCUGCCAGCGGAGACUGCACUACUGAAUUUCAAGCUCUGUUCUGAGGAGAACUGAGAUCCUGCCUGAGGCAAAAGCGGGGGGGUCAUAAGGGAGGCAGGAUUUGCAGGAAGGAGGAGGACAUCCUAGUGAAAAGCAGGGCUUCGGAACACUUGUUCCAUGUGUGGGGUUUGAAUGUCAGCUGUAGCUUCCAGUUUGAGAAGUUCCCGUUUCUCCAGUGACCUAAUGCUCUUCACGGGCCCUGAAACCACAAGUACAUUUUAUUUUUUUACAUCAAACUGGAAACAAACAGAGCGACCUGUUUGGUCACUUGAGCUGAUUAAAAUUCUAAAGGACAUGUGUUAUUUAAGAUUUCUUUAUGUCUGUUUUGAGCUAAAUAAUUCAUUCUGGCAAGCCUCUAGUUUACAACCAAGAGGGAGCAUGUUCUGGUGGGAGGAAGAAUAAAAGAGCCUUUGAUUCCUGAGCUUCUGAGUUGCAGCAGGAGGCCAGCACUGCCUUGGGCUAGCGUCUUACUUGGGGACUUCGGGAGCCAUCUUAGCCCAGCUGUGCGAAUGCCAGCCAGUGCUGGAGCAGGAGAACAUACCCCUGGCUCACGUUAAACCCCUGCUCACCGUCCACGGAGGACUUUCUAUCAUUUCCCAUGCCUUGCGUUAACGUGGUGGUAGUGGCUGAUUUCCACCAUGUCAGAGCUUCAUCUGAAUUUGCUGUUUGAUCUUGGUUGAUGUCACAUUUCUGUGACUCCUGUUCUCGUAUUCCAUCGGCUGACUGAGUACAGAAAAUACAUCAAGUCAUAAGUUUCUUUAUGCUCUCUUUUUGGACUACAGCACCAAUGAAAUUAGCAUUUUUCUUUAGAUUUCUCUGGGGGAAAAGUGACCCAUUGUACUGUGGAUUUUCAUGUUUAUUAAAUAAGUAGCUUCUACCACCAAACUGGUGUUUUCAGGGCCCUUAGUGAAUUGUAGGUGACAAAUUAAGCCUAUAGAAUUGGGGCAAGGAGUCAUUUUAGCAACUGAUUUUUUUUUUUUUUUUUUUGGUCUUUUUCCUUUUUAUCAGUACCAGGGAUCGAACUCACGACUGCCUGCUUGCAAGGCAGGCGCUUAUGCCGCUGAGCUAAAUCCCCAGCCCCCUGAUUUUUUUUUUCUUUUUGAAACAGUGUCUUGGUAUUCUGGUGCAAGAGAAGCAAAAGUACAAAAUGAACAGGUUUAUUGAGUUGAGGACGUGGAAAGGAGCACACAACCCGUGGCGGCUGGGCUGUCUCCUUCGACCAGGAACGGAGAGGCAGAGUUAUAUGACCUCUGAUUGGAGUGGUGCAUGGGGUGGAUCUUGAUGACUUGGAGGUACCCAUUGGAAUUCCCUGUGCAUGUAAACAGGAAGGGGUGAAGGAGAAGUUACGCUUUGGCCCUCGCCACCUUAAACCACCGCCAUAACUGAACAGUAAUUUGUACUAGGGCAAGAACCUUUCACAUCUCACUGUGCCAUUCGGGCUGGCCUUGAGCUCACUUUGUAGGUCAGGCUGGUCUCAAACUUGCAACAGUCUUCCUACCUCAGCUUCCCAAGGGCUGGGAUUACAGGCGUGUGCCACCACGCCUGGCUCAUUCCAGGCAUGUAGAUGUGAGCACCUUACAUGAUACAAAAAUGCCUCAGUGGGGAGAAUCUUUUAUAUUAUUAUUUUAUUGUAUUAUAAAAGUAAUUUUUUUAUUCCUCCAGAUCCCACCUUCCUUGUUGAAAAGUUCUCAUUGCCGACUGCAUAGAAAGUAAAACCUAACCGGGUUUUGACUCUUUUGUAGCCUGCAUUAUAGGAAGAGUUAAAGACUCUGCAUUGUAAUACAUAUUUGGUUGUUAUCUUUGUUACACUAGCUCUUGAAGCAUUCUGAUUAGGACUUGGAGCUGCCAAGCCCUGUCCUGCAGUAUUAUCUGGAGCAGAAAUUUUCCAUGUGGUUGCUUUUGUGGAGCUGCUAUAUGUAACUCUACCACGAAGGUGUAGGUCAUAAAGCGGCAGAACUUUUGGAAGGGGAACUGUGAGUUACGGCAUGGAAGAGGAGAUGGUUUGUGUUACGCAGUGGCCGUUUGACUGGUGAUCCAGAUGUCCUGGAAUACUACAAAAAUGACCACGCCAAGAAGCCUAUUCGUAUUAUUGAUCUAAAUUUAUGUCAGCAAGUCGAUGCUGGAUUGACAUUUAACAAAAAAGAGUUUGAAAACAGCUACAUAUUUGACAUCAACACUAUUGACCGGAUUUUCUAUUUGGUAGCAGACAGUGAGGAGGAGAUGAAUAAGUGGGUCCGGUGUAUUUGUGACAUCUGUGGGUUUAAUCCUACAGAAGAAGAUCCUGUGAAGCCACCCAGCACCUCUUUACAAGCACCUGCUGAUCCAGCUUUUGCUAUAAAUGUGGCAGCCUCCUGCACCCAGGCAGAGCCGACCUCGGCUGCUCUACCUCUUCCGUACCAGCUCAUCAGCCUCCCGCCACACCCGGAACCUCUUGGCAUCCAGGAUGAUCCCCAAGACUACCUCUUGCUUAUCAACUGUCAAAGCAAGAAGCCUGAACCCACCAGCCAAGGGUCAUCUUUUGUUUCUGAAGAAGGAGAGGAAUACCUACUACUAGAAGAUUUUGAAAGCAAAACGAUUCCAUUGCAAACCCAUGCUGAUUCUGCAAAGUCCACCUCGUCUGAAACAGACUGCAAUGAUAACGUCCCUCCUCAUAAAAAUCCUGCCUCCUCCCAGAGCAAACAUGGAGUGAAUGGCUUCUUUCAGCAGCAAGUGAUGUAUGACUCUCUUCCCUCACGUGCUACAUCUGUCUCUGUAGACUCCAGCCUUUAUAAGCUGCCCAGGAGUUAUUCCCAUGAUGUUUUGCCAAAGGAGUCUCCAUCAAGUACCGAAGCUGAUGGAGAACUCUAUGUUUUUAACACCCCUUCUGGGACAUCAAGCGUAGAGACUCAAAUGAGGCACAUAUCUGUUAGUUAUGACAUUCCUCCAACACCUGGUAAUACUUACCAGAUUCCACGAACAUUUCCAGAAGGAACCUUGGGACAGACAUCAAAGCUCGAUGCUCUUCCAGAUAUUCCCCCGCCUCGGCCACCAAAACCCCAUCCAACUCAUGACCGUUCUCCUGUAGAAACAUGUAGUAUCCCACAUGGAGCCUUAGACACUGACAGCAGUUACUGCAUUCCUACAGCAGGAAUGCCACCAUCACGAAGCAACACCAUCUCCACCGUGGAUUUGAACAAGUUACGAAAAGAUGCUGGCUCCCAAGACUGCUAUGAUAUUCCACGAACAUUUCCAAGUGAUAGAUCUAGUUCGCUUGAAGGCUUCCAUAACCACUUUAAAAUCAAAAAUGUGUUGACAGUGGGAAGUGUCUCAAGUGAAGAACUAGAUGAAAACUACGUCCCAAUGAAUCCCAACUCACCACCACGACAACAUUCCAGCAGUUUCACGGAACCAAUUCAGGAAGCAAAUUACGUGCCAAUGACUCCAGGAACAUUUGAUUUCUCUUCAUUUGGAAUGCAAGUUCCUCCCCCUGCUCAUAUGGGCUUCAGGUCUAGCCCAAAGACCCCUCCCAGAAGGCCAGUUCCUGUUGCAGACUGUGAACCGCCCCCCGUGGAUAGGAACCUCAAGCCAGACCGAAAAGGUCAAAGUCCUAAAAUUUUAAGACCCAAACCCCAUGGUUUAGAGCGAACUGAUUCACAAACCAUAGGUGACUUUCCUACAAGAAGAAAGGCCAAGCCAGCACCUUUAGAAAUAAAACCAUUGCCUGAAUGGGAAGAAUUACAGGCCCCCGUUAGAUCUCCCAUCACUAGGAGUUUUGCUCGAGACUCCUCUAGGUUUCCAAUAUCCCCCCGGCCGGAUUCAGUGCAUAGCACAACAUCAAGCAGUGACUCACACGACAGCGAGGAGAACUAUGUCCCCAUGAACCCAAACCUGUCCAGUGAAGAGCCAAAUCUUUUUGGUAGUAAUAGCCUGGAUGGAGGAAGCAGUCCUAUGAUCAAGCCCAAAGGAGACAAGCAAGUGGAAUAUCUGGAUCUAGAUUUAGAUUCUGGGAAAUCUACACCACCACGUAAGCAAAAGAGCAGCGGCUCCGGCAGCAGCGUGGCGGAUGAGAGAGUGGAUUAUGUUGUGGUAGACCAGCAGAAGACUCUGGCUCUGAAGAGUACCCGGGAAGCCUGGACAGAUGGCAGACAGUCCACGGAGUCUGAAACACCCACCAAGAGUGUGAAAUGAAAACACUGCCUCGCCAUUUCUGCGCAGAAGUGAACUCAGUUGUGAAGAUAAACCCUGCUUGCAGCCGUCUCACCACUUCUUCUCUUAAGCAGAUUGCUCAGUAGCAGGGUGGAAAUCAAAGGGCCUUUCAGACAUAAACAGUUUGGACCGUAAAUGGUGCUUCAUGGUAUCUGAACAAUUUGUUGUAACGUGUAAAUACUGUGGGAAAAUAGUAUCUUUAGCUCCCAGAGAAACACUCGUAGUUAACACACUUGUAGUAUGACUAUAUUUAUGCACUUUUCAUUUAAAACAUUGGUUUGGGUAUUCCCAGUGUACCUUCACAGAAUUCCUUGAGGAGUUCUUGUUUUUCCUUACACUACUCUAUAUGACAAUACUAAGUGAACUAAGCUACUUUUUUAGAUCUGGACAUUGCUGUUUAAUCCACAGCCUGACAACAUAAUAAGUAGAUUCCCAAUUUAGCCAUCUCCCUGAAGUUUCAGGUAGUAACUAUUAGCUUAAAGUAGGGUAUAAUUGGAUUCAUCCUGUAUUACCUUCGAAAAAUGCUGAGGAUGAUGUAUAUACAGCUGUCAGAAUCCAGUUCUUUGGUUCAUGUACAUUUAGGUUUUUCAUAGUGGAUCUCUGUUGUAUUUUGUUAAUUACAGUGUUUUUGGUUCAUUGAGUGAAGAUUCUGCAGGGAUCUUGCACCUUUGAAAGACUGAAUAUAAUUACACUGUCAAGGAAGCGUGAAAUCAUUGAUGGCUUGAGGAUGUGCUCUUUCACUUGCUAACAUGUAUUAAACAUUAUUUGCAAAAGGUAGAUUAUGUAAAAGUCAGGUACGUACCCAGCACUGACGUGCUAACACUGAUCAGGUUUAAACAGCGAGUUUUACUCGUGUUCUCAUUAGCCUUAGUGUUGGUUUCCAGUUUAGAAUUAAACAGUUGACAUUUGCUCUUAAUAACAACAACAUACUGUGAUUUUUUUAAUUAAACAGUAAUUCAGAUGUAUUACUCUAAGAAUGAAAUUCUGUCAUUUGACACCAUAGUGCCCUUUCUAUGUUUUUUUUUUCACUCAAUAUUCUUCUUGGCCUUAUAUUUAAAUCCCUAUGCAAUUAAUGUUUUAUAUCUGCAUUUUUUUAAAAAAAUAGACAUUAUAUAAGUGAUUCUUACAUGUAGCAACUAUUGCUUUUCCAGUAAAAGAUUUAAGGAUUUUGUACUGUGAUUUGUAUUCAUUGCCCCAGUUCACAAAGUAGUGGAGCCUUGCUAUAAUGUGAAAUCUUACAGUCAUGGACCCCUUCCAAUCAGAUUUCUGAAUUUCAGAAGAUUGGUGUAAAACUGUGACAUAACUAUCAAGACCACAAAUUAUAGUGAGGAUACAAUUAUAUUCAUGUGUCUUGGCUUUGCAACAUAACUUAGAAAACAGAUACAGUUUUCUUUAACCUAAAUUAUGUAUACUCUGUUACGUAUUGAUUUGAGAUUUACUAAUAGAUUUUAGGGGACAUAGAAAUGAGAGUUCCACCGCUGAAACAAGACUGUUCCACUCAGACAUCUGACUGUUGUCUGAGUGUACAGAUGUGCCCUGAUUUCUGGCUCAUUGGCCAUAAUACUGUGCCUAACUAAUGUCCUAGGUUUAUUUCCCCCAUCUACAGACUAAGCGUUCAUAACAACAUGAAUUGUAUACUAGUAACAUUUGAUGCUUUUAAAUGUUUGCUUCUUAAAAAAAAAAAAAAAAACAAAAACAAAAAAUACACAAAAAAAUCUAAAACCAAGAACUGAAUUUCGAAGUGAAUGUUUCAAUAAAAAAGAUUGUUUGAGUUUGGUGUGCAAGCUGUUUUAUAAUAAAAACAAAAAACAAAAUUUAAAAUCAUUGACAUGUGUCUAAACUAUCAAAAUACACAACAGACUUGGCAUGUAAAGAUACGAAAUUGUGUUACCUUGAGGAUGACCAUAUUUUGAAGUUUAAAACACAAUAAUAAGUGUAUGAUUAAUUCAUAAAUUUAAAAAAUUAUCUUUAAAGCUGUCUAUUGGGAAAGUCCAAAGCAAUUAUGUCUGUUUUUAAGUGGAAUUUCUCCUUACCUUUUUAUAAGUUACUAUUUUUGUAAAUCUAUAGAACUGAUUUUUAUAGAUCUUGCCAUUAUGUUGACUCUUUAGGAAUUAAUGGGCUAGAUAUACCUUAAUCAAAGGUAGAGUACAAAUUUAACCCUGUAAGACACUAGAUUCAAUCCAGAGGCCCUCCUGCUCCCCCCACAAAAGGAAAAGAAUUAAGAAAGGUGGUUUGCUUUAGAAAACUAAUUCACACAAAUCAUUGCAUCGACAAAUUAAAAGGCAGUUUCCUAGAAAACGUUAUUUUAAAAUUUUUAUGUACAUAUUGCCUGCAAAGUCCAGUUUAUCACUGUAAUUGUAUAUUGAAUUCCCAUUUGUGAUAUUUUAGUUCAUUACAAAGGAUAACAAAAUUUCUGAAUAAAUGUGUAUUUGGAGUUAUAGGUGAUAAAACCUCAACAGCCAAUUUACUUCUCUGCCUUGACUUAUUUGAAGAUUAUUAAUAAAACUUUAGUAAGUUUUUAAAUAUGUGUUUAAAUCCUUUUAACUCAUCCCUAACUCAGCUUCAAGAAGCUAGACUCCAGCAACAGAUGGCAUGAAACCACUGGUUAACCAUGUAACUAUAAUGAUGUGUCAGAAAUCUUUUUCUUCCAUUCCUUUUGUUAUUUUAUAAGACUCGUAAGAUCUUGAUGAUGGUUUAAGUGCCAAAGCACAAUUCUGCUUUCAAAAAUCAAAGUUUAGACUUGAGAAAUUUAAGCUAAGAGCUCACAGAAAAUAUCACUCAGUAAGCUAUAAAAAUAUUUUUAAUUUAUACUCUACAUAAUUUUACUGUGAACACUAGAAAAUUCUCUAAAGGUACUAAGGGAGAGAGAAUGUGUGUAGAGAAAGCAUUGUAUUUAAUCACAGGCUAAAUUUAAUUUGAUAUAGAAAUACUGUGUACAUUCAGGUCACAAUUUCUUCUGGACUUUUUAGAUAUAAUUAAUGGGGCUUAUAAUUUUUGUCUUGAUUUAAAGAGGAAAUUGAACAUCAAUGUUUGUUUUUUUAAUAGUGGGAAGUUGUCUACUUUCCAUGAUUAGAGAAAAAAGUAUUUUUUGUGUUUUGCUAAAAUAUUAAUUACUUUAUGCUUGCACACUAUUCCACAGACACUGGUCAUGGUUUGUUGGAUGCUUGCAGAUUCCUUUAAUGCCUCCUUAUUUUGGCCCAUUCAGAGUAUUGGCAUUCGGGGUUGAAUGAGUACCCAGCCUUUGGCAGUUUACAGCAACAUGGGCUGACCCUUCUGUUCUCCCUUCGGGUCAUCCUGGUAGGUCUCAUCCAUCACUGUCAGGUACAUCGGGUCAGUGCAGAGGGUUGUCCUACGACCAAGUCAGCUGGGUACACAGAGCAAAAAAAUGACCUGUAUCCUACUGUAAUUAUUCUUAGCAACAGCGGAAUGUCAUGUGUAAAUUUUUGCAUAACUUUAAAAACAACUAUGAGCUGAAAGGCCAUGGCACAAGCAAAUAUUGUGGAGGUUAAGAUAAAAAUAAGUUGUCAGAUUAUUUAGAUGGUUUUCUGUUCCACAGACUUCUUGAGGUUCAGCAUAAACUACAUUUCAGCGAACUAAUUAGUUAAGGGGUUAGCAUGGUUUCUGCUUCCUUUACAUAAAGGCACAGUUUUGUGUGGGCUCUGAUAACCUCCACCAAUUGUCGAUAAUAAUCCCAAAUUUUAACAGCGAAAUCUUAUGUAAAAUUUUAUUUUUCUCUUUUUUGCAUAUCUUUUGUAAAGAUGCCAUUGUAGAUAUUUUCUGCUACCAAAUAAAACUUUUCAAACA